ACCAAUUUGUUUCGUCCAAGCGCCGCUGUUUACCAAUCGUCGCUUACUUUUUUUCCAACAGCAUCAUCCUUGCAGCUCACUCCGAAAACGUUCGCCGUCGAUAUAUAUCAUAUCCUUCAGCCGCUGUACGACAACUGCCGGUUUCUGGACCUUGACUUGCCUUGUCUGGCGGCCCCGCCAUUACCGUCACCAUAACAACACUCCCCCCAGUCAUCACGCAUACGAGGGAGACACCACCUUCCAUGCAGUAACCAUAUCACACACAGGUCUGUUCGGCUACGCUUGCCAUGGCGCCAAACGACAACCACAGCUUGCGCCAUCUAGCGCCUCAAUCGUCGAACUCAAGAUGGCGCUUUACUCGAUCAACAGCCAACCUGCGCGAAGCAGCCUCACGGUCGGUAUCUGGCCCAAGUGAGCAAAGCGCUGCGUCAAAGCUCGCGCGAGCACCGUCAAAGAUGUCGUUGUUCAGUCUGUUUAGUCGGCCGAAAGUGGAAACAGCUCGAGGUCACACAGAGGUUGGACUAGCUGUCCCCAUGCGCCCACAAACACCUCCGAAGCCUGAAGUGCCGCCUAAAUCUGCACUCAGACAGAACCCUACGCCCGCUGCCCCGCAGUCGAUACGAUCUCGAUCCAGUCUAUUGUUCCGUCCAAUGUCCAUGAAGCCGCCACCGCCAGCAAAUGAUGCUGGUCACUGGGAACCACCGCCGUUAUUUCAAGCCUUCCCGCAAUCGGUCAAGCACGCUACCGUGCAGGCGUGUGUUUUCCCUCCUGAAGUGUUGAUGCGGACGCAGAGUCAGCGUCGACAAGCUGAAUUGAUAAGGGAAAAAAUAGAGAACGCUCGCGACUUACCAGUAAUUGGGGAGAACAGCAGUGAGACCAAGAAGCUGGAGAAGUCGCACAAGCGCCUGAUAUCUAACUCGGUCCUCCACUCGUCUGCACCAGAGCUCGUCAACAAGAUCUACAUCCUCGUCACAUCAGGCUUCAUAUUGCAAUACGCAGGUGAUGGACCUUUUGACCGCCAGCCGGAGAAGGUGCUGAAGCUGGGCAAGGACUCAGCAGCAUUUGCGUGCGAUCUGAUACCUGGCAAGCAUUGGGUACUGCAAAUCUCUAGCCAUGCCCAUGACGAUGGCACAGUGGAGAUGGGCCCCAAGAGCACAUUACUUUCUCGUUUGCGCACUACGAACGCCAUUGGCAAGAAAGCUGCAACCAGCUUUCUUCUGAUUUUGGAGAGUGCGCAGGAGAUGGAUUCUUGGAUGACUGCAGUGCGGAGGGAGAUCGAGAACAACGGCGGCCAGAGGGCUAAGGAUGAAUCCAUAAGGGGGUCAUCCUCGAUCGACGGCUCGUCUGGCAAGCCGUCUGUCGAGACAAGUCAUCGGUACCUGGUACAACGAGACUUGAAUAUCAUUGCCAUGACGGAACCUCCUGUUGACUCGGCGCAUACAUCGUACCAUGCGCUGCCACUCAAGGAUGUCACUUCAGACUUGGAUGGGAAGCGCACCGAGCGAACUCCCAGCAUAGCGAGCUCGACUCACGAGCAAUUAUCUCGACAAAGUAUUAAGCGCCAAUCUAUUGAGGCAUCAUCGGUGUCUUCCACGCCCAUCUCGCAGAUUCAGAUGCAGCUUGAUCAGUUGCGAGGUCGCUCACGCUUCUCGUACAUGUCUACCGCAACGUCUGCGUCCGGCACUGGAACCAGGAACACAUCUAGAGACUCAUCGCCUACACCACAGUCACCCUUAAGCGAGAGCUUCAGUCCCGUAGCUGAGGGCGAAACCUACCGUCCUUUCCGAUCUCUUCACUCGAAUCCUAGUAAUGACACAGGUUCUCGCCGUAGAUCUGUACAGCCAUUGCCAGUAACUACCGAGGAUAGCUGUAUGUCUGUCGAGGUCCCAGCAAUGCGCCAGAGGCACUCAUUUUAUGGCCCCACAUCGCCAACUCUGCAGGUACCAGCGAUGAUAGAGCCCGAGGCAGCACAACUAGAGACUCUCGAGGUAGCGUCUGCCGCCCCAGCUCCCCCAUUCGUGGCAGCCAAGGGGCUCACUGCGCACAUUGCAAGCCAGGUUCGAUCUCCCGAUGAAGGCACGUUGAAAGGUCGCGAAGACAGCCCAGUGAGGUUCAAUAGUGGCAGCUACAGUGCUUCAUUUCGAGGAGGAACUGUUUCACCGCCACCACGCGAAUGUGCACCGUCUCCACCUCGAUCCGUUAAACGACAGUCUGUUGGUCUCCCACAAUCACACACCGGUUCAGCUUCUUCGCAAUUGGCUCCUUUCAAGUCUGACCCGUCUCGUUCGCGCCGCAUCUCAGCAACGCCGAAGCCUUUCCUUCGACCCUUCCCAGUUCGUCCGCAGGCCCAGCAUGCCAACUCGAACAAUGCCGUUCAGCGCAGAGCUUCAGCCGUGCCGAGUUCUGGGAAUCCAUCGUUGUCGACUUUGGCAGCCAACCGCUCUGUGACAGCACCUCCGCGGUCGCCAUCUGCUGCAGCCGUGCUUUCGCCUUCAGCUCACACAUCUUCUCUGCAAUCCCUUCAGUCCCAAACACUUCGCCGACCGACAUCUGUGCAGGUUCGCUCUGACCACGCACCUUUCUUGUCUUCAAUCCGUCCAACGAUCACUAUCUCUUCAACGCCAUCUUUCGUCCCUGGCACAGGCCAAAGAUCACCUCCAGCGACCCGCUUCUUGCACACAAGCCCUAGCAUAGACGCUUCAAGGGAAGAGGCAUCACUCCAGGCUCCUGCGCAGUCAAAGCACUUGAUGCAGCGAAAAAGCCUGCCGGCAAUGGGUCUGCCACCACCUGCUCCGCCGCCGGACAUGCCCCUACCUGCGCCACCACCCAACAUGCCCUUGCCGGCGCCUCCGCCAAACAUGCCGCUUCCUGCUCCGCCUGUCACUGCUCGACAGACCCUUGCUGUUUGAAAGAUCGUUUUCUGUUCCAUGCCUUCUAUGGCGUUCACGAGUCUCCCUGGGUUGUGCUUACGACGUCAUGCCAUCUUUGAGUUUGUUAUCGCUUGUUGCAUAUUCUACCAUCUACUCGAUAUGAAGCUCGUCCUUCCAGUCUCGUUUAUGACCUCCCUUGCGUCUUCUUGCUACUGUAUUAUCAUGGCACGUUACUACUGUCCUGUUGAUAGAUUCCUUACAUAGUUGUCGGCUCUGGCUAGCGAUGGCUGGAGUCCGCG